AUGACUUGGGCAGCUCCAUUGGUCCUCGUGUUGCAUUUGGUGCCCAGUCUGGGAAGAACAUGCAUGGGAGUUCGCAAGGACUUAUGCCUAGAUCCUGGGUCUCUAUGCGAGAUGAGCUCGCUUCAGGAGUGUCCCUGUGCCGAAGGCUAUUGGCCUCAAAUUGACCCUCCCAUGUAUAGCAUCAAAGAGCAAGGAAUUCACUUCGGAUGCUGUCCCGGACGUGGUGUCAGUGCAUGUGGCCCACAAAAAGCAACCAUCCGAACCUAUGCAGAGGUUAGCUCAUCACUGUGCUUGCUUGGCAUUUUGCUGACUACCUUGGUGAUUCACUACAGGCAACCUCAAGCUUGGAGGAUCAAGAGCGGGGAUUCUGCCAUUGAGAACGCACCACUGGUCCAUGAUGGUGCUCAGUUGCAUGCACAAGUCUCGAUGGACCGCUGGUGUAUUAGCCUGGAGGAUCUCAAGCAGUUCAAGCGAUUGGUUUGUCAAGCUGUGGCUGCGGGCCGCAUUUGCCCUACUGAGACGGAUCCCUUUGAUCCCACCGACUAUAGCAUUGGCCCAUCGAUGUACACGGUGACCGAACAGUACAUUAAAUCGGUAACUGCUGCUGCUGGAAACGUCAGUUGGGCGUUGAUGAAGAAUCCCGAUGGCUUACCUUGCGACGUUUUCAUCACUCACGCUUGGGCUGAAGGUAUUUAUGAAUUCGUGGACAGAGUGGUUCAAAGCUGGCCACGAGGUGGGAGAGCGGCCUACGUGUGCUUCUUAUCGAAUCCGCAAAACAUGGACAUUGCUGAUUUGAUUUCUACACCUGAGGAAUCUCCAUUUGCAAAGGCUUUGGACUCCUGCAGGCAUGUCCUUGCAGUACCAAAUCGCAGAUGUAGCAUCUACUCGAGGCUUUGGUGUGUCUAUGAGGCGUUUCUGGCUUACUCUUGGAACAAGCCCAUCACCAAUGCAACAUCAUCUGAUUUCAAUGCCAGGGCCUACUUGCUUCGGAUGGCCUUCAUCACCCAUGGGAGCUUUGCCGCAGGUUUGCUGUUGCCACUGGCAUUUAUGAGGAAAUGCAUCUUACCGGUCACCAUCCUGACCAUCCCGUUCAUGUUUUUGUUCCUCCUCUCAUUGUCCUUGGGUCAGUGUGGUGGAUACAAAUAUCAUUUGCAAAAGUUUGCAGUGAUUGGCCUCACUGUAGUGUGCAAUGUGAGCUACGCUGGUAAAGUGACCAUGGGUUAUGUCUUGUUCGAGGAAAACUGGCUCUUCGCACUGGAGUACGUCUCCAUGGGUCUGGUUGGAACCAUUGCGAUGGAGUUGGACCGGCUGCACUCUGUGAUGGCAGAUGAGGCGGCUGAAGACCUUCGCCGAGGCUUCAGUGGACGUUUGUCGGAUGCAGGUUGUUCAGUGGAAGCUGACAAGCUGAAGAUCCUGGAGGAAGUGAAAAGGAGCCAAACUCCUUUCGUACUGCUUAAGUAUGGACACUACGUGCUUGGGAUGGAAUACGGAUCCUUUCUCCAUUACCUGUUGAUCAUCAUCUCGGCAGUAGAGGCGCUGGCUUUUGCAUACCUUUUCAUGGUCCUACCUCCAGACCGGAAAGCCUUUGCUGCACGAGUGCAGUCUCUUUGGUUGCUGCUGUUUCCUGCCAAAAUCUUUCUCUUUACGGAUGGAAACGGCUUGGAUGGUCAUGGGCAUCCUUUGUAUUACGUGGUGUUGGUUGUCUAUCCCUUACUGCUGCUGGCCAUGUCAAUCAUGGGGCCUGCCAAGAUGGCGCGGAUUCCGUUCUUGGGGCCACGAUUGGUCCGCUUGGUCUUUGGCAAACCGCUGUGCCUCAAGAGGAUGUGCAUUGUGCUCACGACCUGGGUGAUUCACAAGAGGCAACGGAAGGCCUCGCGGAUCGAGCCAGGGGACUCUGAGAUUGAAGCUUCACCCCAGGUCCAUGAUGGUGCCCAGUUACACGCAGAAGUUCCAAUUGAACGCUGGUGCGUUAGCCUGGCGGAUCUCAAGCAGUUCAAGCGAUUGGUGGGUCAGGCAGUCACCCACGGCCGCAUCAAACCGACCGAGAGGGACGCCUUCGACCCCAAAGACCAGACCAUCGGCCCUUCCAUGUAUACCGUCACCGAGCAAUACAUCAAGCCAGUGACGGCCGCAGCUGGAAAUGUGAGCUGGGAUAUGUUGCGACUUCACGGCCUGGGCUUUGCUGCCAAAAAGGAUAUCAAUACCUGGGCUUACCUUCUGCGAAUUGUCGGCAUCAGUCAGGCAAGUCUCUCCGCUGCUUUGCUGCUGCCAUUGAGGUUUGCGGUGAUGCUGUCCGUGCCAUUCACCAUCCUGGUGCCAGUUCCAUUUAUGGUGCUUUUCCUCCUCUCCUUUGGCCGUUGUGGUGGCUACAAGCCCCUUCUGCAGAACUUGGGAGUGCUCGGGGUGACCCUCACGGCCAAUGUGGGCUAUGGUUGUGCAAUCAUCACCGGCCGGGCGUUGUUCGAGCACAAUUGGCUUUUCGCCCUGCAGUACAUCUCCUUGGGCUUCUUCGGCACCCUUGGGAUGGAGCUCGACCGCCUGAACUCCGUGUCGGCCGAUGCGGCCGCCCUGAACCUCCGCCGUGGCUUCACCGGGCGCCUGUCGGAUGCUGACUGCUCCACGGAGGCGGAUCGGCGGAAGAUCCUGGAGCAAGUGAAGAAGAGUGGACAUGAGAAGGAUGUUGAAGAAGCCGUGAAAGUGCUCAUGAAGAUGAACCUCUCCACACCUGAGCUUCGAGCGACGGCCGAACGCACUGGAACUUUGACGGAUGCGUCCCACUGGAGUCGCGCCAUUCUUUCGGCCACGUUCAUUGCAUUCCCGGGCUUUAGGCCUUUCAUCCUGCUCAAGUAUGGACAUUUAGUCUUUGGGAUCGAGUACGGACAUUGGUUCCAAGGCCUGUUGAUCAUCAUUUCCACCUAUGAAGCCGUGGUCUUCCUGGCUCUGUUUAUUGUUUUGCCGGACGAUCGGAAAGCCUUCGCAGCACGCGUUCAGUCUCUUUGGUUGGUCCUUUGGCCUGUACAUGCCCUGGGCGGUAGCAACAAUCGAUGGUUCCACACCGUGUCCGUGCUUGUGUAUUGCCCCCUGCUGCUGGCCAUUUCAAUCAUGGGACCUGCAAGCACGGCACAGAUCCCCUACGUGGGACCUCACUUUGUUCGCUUGGUCUUCGGAAAGCCGCGCUGCCUUCGGCGCUGCGCGCGCGGUGCGCGCCGCAAAGCGACUUCGAGUCCGGAAGGAGGAAGCAUUCCUGAGAAGGAAAAAGCAGAAGACCUGCCCAUGGUCUGA